AUGUUGUCAUCAGUUCCACAUAGAAAGACUUGGAACAAAUCGAAGAAGACAGUAAAAGUCACAAGAUCCUAUCCAACCUUCCCUUCCCUGAAUGCCUGGGAAGAAUUCAGGGGCCUCUUUCCUGUGGAUAGGGAACCAAAUCCUGGAGUGGGCCUGGGUGUAGAGGAGGGACUGCUCUGCCAGAUGGUUCAUUCUCCAGAAUUCAACCUGUUUCCUGAAUCAGUGGUGUUUGAAAGCAACUUUGUCCAGGUCAAAAAGGGCAGGAACUGGAUAGACAUCUACAAAGCCUCCAACACCACGGCCCUUGGGGUGACCUCCUCUGUGCCCUGCCUGCCUCUUCCCAACAUCCUCUUCAUGGCCAGCGUCAAAUGGCACCAUGGGCAGAGCCAGACAUGGAACCAACCAACUACAGCCCCCAAGAUUAUCCUGAAGAGGAUUCUCCCUUUGAAGUUUGUGGAGCUCCAGGUCUGUGACCGCUUUCAACGUAUCCUGCGGUUGAGGACAGUCACGGAGAAGAUCUACUACCUAAGGCUCCACCCUGACCAUCCUGAGACUGUCUUCCACUUCUGGAUCCGACUGGUUCAAAUUCUGCAGAAGGGCCUGUCCAUCACCACCAAAGACCCUAGGAUUCUCAUCACUCACUGCCUGGUACCCAAGAACAGCUGCAGUCCCUCAGGAGACUCACAGUUAGUGCAGAAGAAACUCCAAGCCUCCCAGCCCAGCGAGAGCCUCACGCAGCUGAUGGCCAAGGGGGAGAGUGAGGCCCUCUCUCAGAUCUUUGCCGACUUGCACCAGCACAACCAGUUCAGGAGCAGCAGAAAGACAGAGAAAAAAAAGGACAGUCCAGAAAAAAAACGUCCCAGUGAAGACUCCAUCCCUUGCACCCGUGACCUCAGCUGGAGGGAGUCGUUCACCUAUGGAGAGUGGGAAAGAGAGAACCCCUCUGGGCCGCAGCCCCUCUCGCUCCUCAGCACUCUGGCAGCCUCCACCGGGCCCCGGCUGGCACCACUCAUAGGAAGUUCUAUUUGAGCCACCCUUUCACACUGGAGAGAAUCUACGCAACCCUCGCCAACGCCACUCUGCAGCAUUCAGCUUUCUGAGGGACUCUGUCUGGAUGGAGGGGAGGAGAAAGCGGUAACUAAGGAAAAACUAGAACCAUCUCACGCUGACAACAUAGCCUUUCCCUGGAGAACCACUUGGGAACAUGGCUCCUGGAUGAGAAGCAUUAUUCCAGCAUCAUUCCAGUCCAUAACUUCAUGUCCUCACCACUGCACAUCACCACACCUCACCUCCGUUCCAGCACAAGAAAACGUGCUCUCAGAAGGACCAGAACCACGAUGGAGAGAAGGAAGGAAAAGGACCAGGACCAGAGGAGAGGUGGAAGAGAACAAAACGGGGGUGAAGAGGAAUGUGGAGGGUGGAAAUCAGAGAAGAGGGAAGAUGCAGAAAAGUGGUGACAGAAAGUAACAGAAGAGAGGACAAGAGAAGUACACCUCUGAGAGAGGCCUCACCAAGCUUCUAUUUAUCUAAUUUAAAACUUGAAAGUAAGGCCAUAUACCAAAAGAGAUAUGUGUUUUCUUCUCCGUUCAGAUUCCUCUGGACAAGGAUGAGGAGACAGAAAUGAAUUCCAGCCAAAGGCUUCUCCUUAAAUGUCCCUUUUGCCAGUUUCUCUUGUUAGUCUCUCUUUUCUGAUUCAAGCUUUAGACCUUCUUCCUUAGUGCAUUCCCUAACUUGAACUUGCUAGCCUGGCCCUGCUGUUCCAAAUGGCGGUUUGGGUUUGAGGCUGCAGAAAGGUUCCUGCAGGAGGUUGUAAGACAAGGUCUGUGAAGUAGGCAAAGUUUCUCUUUUGUGUUCAAACUUUCAAAGUUUACUAUUGUCUCAGCCCUACAAACACUGGCUCACUUUCUUUUGCAUAUGACACCCCCUUGAAAUGUUGACAUAUCUUGUUAGUGCUUAUUAGAGAUUCCAAAGAGAAGAGACACAGGCUCAAAGCACAGGUAAAUCAGAGGUUCCAGGCUUGAAGUGUAGGUAAAAUCAGGGGUUCACAAAUUAUAGAUCAAGAGAGUCACUAAGGAGGGUCUGCCAGACAGCCCAUGGACUGGCCUCUAUUUAAAAUGCACAAUAUUUCACAUUCAAUAAAAACCAGACUAUGAGUAUUUCAGAAAAGCUACCCAACCUUCUAAUUGGAAAGUUUUUUUGGAUGUCUUGCUUUGAUUUAGGAUAUCCUAGG